AUGUCAAGUCAGAUGAUUACAGUUGAAAUUGGUGGUGUUCUGAUAUCUGGUAUUCAUGCUCAUGUUGGUGCAGUUCAAAGAAGAUUUUUGUGGCCUGAUAUGGAAAUGAUUAGUGGAUUACAACUACCUUGGUUAGCCAUUGGUGACUUCAAUGUUGUUACUUCAAUUGAGGAGAAAGUUGGUGGUAAAAAUCCAAAUAAAAUGACAAUGUUAGAUUUCAAUAAUUGUUUAGGCAUUUGUGAAUUGAUGCAGGCUCCUAAAACAGGUAUUCAGUAUUCUUGGUCCAAUUGUCAACAUGGAAGUAAGAGAAUAUUCUGUAAUUUGGAUAGAGAAGUGUUCAAUCAACAAAGGUUACAAAAAUUUAAUGGAUGGGGAUACAAAGUGGGUUUGAGAAUUGCUUCAGAUCAUGCUCCAUUAUUAGGUGGAUGUGCAUCUAUUCCCAAACCAAAAAAUGUCCCUAUGAGAUUUCAAAAAAUGUGGAUUUCACAUCCAACAUUUAUGGAAAUUGUAGAAAUAUGUUGGUCUGAGGUGAUAGAGGGUGAUCCAUCUUUCAUCUUUCAAGCAAAGUUUAAAAAGUUAAAAAGAAUACUUAAGGAUUGGAAUUGGGAAUUGUUUGGUAACAUUAAUGUGCAAAUAAAAGAAACUGAAGAUAAAGUUCAGGAAGCAAUGGUUAAUUCAGAUAACAACCCUUUGGAUGAAGAAUUACUUAACAAUUUGGUAAGUGCUUCGAAUCUGUACAACUCAAAGAAAGUUCAACUGAAUACUUACUUGAAACAAAAAUCAAGAAUUAAAUGGAUAAAAGAAGGGGCAACAACAAUGGUUUUCUACAUACGAGUCUUAAAAUCAGACAAGCAAGAAAUACUAUAA